CGUGACACACCCGUGUCUUGCGGGCUUGUCUAACCUAUGCAUGACAGGCGCCAUCUGCGGCUUUAAAAUGAGCUCCUCUCUCUCUCUCGCUUGUGGCUUUAAUCACUUCUUGGUGGAGGAAUUUAAUCUGACAUAAGCUGCAGUUUCAUUUUUAGGGACAUUUGAGUUGCACACCUACUGACAUCUUUAAGCGCAGCGAAACCUGAAGUGAAAAUAAAUAAAAAUUCUUCGAACGAACGCAGCAGAGCAUCAUGGCGUCCAAAGUGCUAGUAAAAAUUCCAGUAAAUUUUGGGACUCAGGUUGGUAAAUGUACCACUGCUGAUAUUAUUAGUGCCAGUGUUAGUGGAGCAAAUGCUCGAGCUGCUGCCACAGUGGUUACCACAGAAAAUGCACAUUCACCCGCAAACAGUCCUAGUGAUUCAUUCAAUACAAGUUCUAACUACGAUCCCACUCUUCGUGUCAUACAAUUGGAACAAAACAUAAAAUUUUUGAAAGACCAACAUCAUCUAAUGCUUACUUCUUUACAUCAUGAAGUUGAGACUUUGCGUCAAAGGAAUCGAGAUCUCCAAUUCCAGCUCGUUUUCAGCAAGGGUUCCCUCGCUCUUCUGAAAAGCACCCCGUCAUCUCCGGAAGAUGACUCAAAACCACAGGUGGUGCUCAGUCCAAAACAAGUGAAUGUGACUCCGCUUCAAGUUGAAUUAUUGGAACGAGAUAUAGCUGAGUUACGUAGCUCCCUUUGUGAACAAAAAGACCGCAAUUCUUCUUUGGAAAACAUAAUUGAUGAGCAGAAAAAGGUUAUAGAAAAUAGUUCUAAACAGACCGCAACAGCUGAUCGUGCAGAUGAAAGUCAAGCUCCUGAUCCUGAUCUUGCUUUUAAACUUGAAGAGGCUGAAAAAGUGAUUCGCCGACUACGCCGUGAAAAUGAUGAACAGAGGAGAGAGCUGGCAAUGAUAAAAGCGAACCAAAAUAAGAUGCAGACACCUGGAGGAUCUGGAGCACAUCAAAGACCUAGCGGUCACUGGUCUCAGCAGCAGUAUCAUGAACAGCGAGAAUAUCAAGAUCAGCCUCGUGAACAGUAUAGAGAACUGCGAGAUCAGCGUCGUGAAGUACCACAGGACUUGCACUUUGACCAACAUGAACAGCCUCGAGAAGGAAGUCGUUUUCCCCCUCUCUCAGGUCAAAAAUACUGGCACAACAAUGGUCAAAGAGGUCGUUGGAACAAUUCGUGGGAGUCUGGUCGGGGUGCUGGAGGAUCAAGAAUGCUGAAUCAAUCUCUUCCUUCACUUCCUGGUUUACCAAUGGGAAACAGUACUCCAAACGAAAUGCCAAAUCCAAAUGGAAAUCCCAGCAGUGCACCUUUUGCUCUUCUCAGCCAUGGAGGAGGGGGUCGAAGGGGACAUCGAGGCAAUUUUAGGGGAGAUCGAAGUGGGAAUGGUCGUGGUGCGGGGGCGGGCCAGUCAGGCAGUCGCGGGCACUGGGACCAAAACAGGGAACAUAGAGGAAGGGAUCGUGAUAGAAACAGGGACCAGGGAUUCAAUGAUUAAGGUGUAAAUUCCUGAGAGCAGUUCUGAUUUAUGUUGCCAUCUCUACUCUUUUAGAGAGCUUGCUGCCGCAUGCUUCUGAUUCGAUACUUCAUUCUUUCAUUUAAAAUCCAGUCCAUGCCAUCAGGAAUUUUAUUGAUCACUGUCACGAGGUUUUAGAAGGUUUCCUGAUAUUUGGUAUAAGUAUUGUGAGUGCUAGCCAGAAAUCAGAAAGCAGCUUUCAUAGGCCCCUUCAGUUUGCGCAGACAAGCCACAGUCAAAGUGUUACUGAUAUCUGAGUGCUUUUAAAUUAAGUGUUGUUGUGUUGUUUUUGUCAACAAGUAGAGAGAUGGCAGCAAAUACAAAGCUUGCUUUAUUAUACUCUCUCAUGGUAUAAGCCUUUUGCUGACUUAUAAAUUGACUUUGUGAUAUAUUCCCAUAAAAUAAUUAUUUAAAAAAGUAUUAAAUUUUAAAAAAAGUUUCUUUUGUUUCUAGAAAAUUGUUAUUGUUGUUUGUUGUAAUAAACUAGUGAAGGUUUUGAAGAUCUUUUAACUCUUGGUAGUGAUUUUUGCUCUCAAAGUGUCCCCUUUCUCAGGAGAAAUUGUCUCAAAAAUCCUUCUCAUAAUUUUGGAAUGACUGACAUGCCUUAUUUGAGUACAAAUACAGUGCUUGUGCAAACUGGCAAAAUAACUGUAACAUUAUCCUAAAAUGAGCCCAUUGUGUGUCAUAAAAUUCAUUUUGCCAACUUCCUUAUUUGUUUUAUCUGUGUAAUCCCCAUUACAUUGUCUUUCUAGUUUUUUGUAUUUUGAAUCAUUGUUCUUCUUAGAACCAAGUAAUGUAUUCUAUGUAUCAUACCUUCAAUCGAUUAAGUAUACUGUAUGUAUAUAAGACUCAGUUCUGGAGAGGCAAAGUUUGCAGACCCAUCCAAGUUGAGUCACUCACAAGUUGUGUUUUAUUUAUUGGUGCUUUGAUCACUGUUUGGUAACAUUUACUGACUAUUCCUAAACAAGUAAUGUUUUUCCUGAUAUUUUUUAUCAGUUUACAACCACUAACAACUUAAUACUUUUAAGGACCUUGUUCACUGUUACGCACCUGCAUGUUUUUCUGUAUAAAUUGGAUGAUUCCUAGACUGUCUUUACCCUGCACUCUGCACACAGUUUUUAGUUGCAAUGAAACAUACCAUUUUAUUUUUGAACAUCUGUGGCAGAUAAAGCUUGGUUCUUUCAUGUGGGCUAUGUCUGAUAAUGUUUUUUCUGUGACUUAGUGUGCGUUCAGAACUAAUCUGGUGCUACGAGUCUUUUUUCCUGAAGAAACUGCAUUGAUAUGUUCAUUUUUUAAAAUUUUGGGGAUGAAAACUGACAUAAUGCAUAGCUGUGAUAAUUUAUUUAUGAAUUUUAACCUUUAAUCAUGCCCUAUUUAAAAGUAAUUUACCCUUAGGUACUUGGGUAAGUUGGGUAGACAAGCCCUGUCUCUCUUUUUAGGGCUUUAUUUUGGCAGAUGCUGAGCUGUUUUGAAAGCUUAAAACCUUAUUUGUAAGUACUAGUGCUUUCACAGUUUAUUGUGACAAAUAUGCCAAAAGUUUGGGGUCAAAUAUGAGCUAAUCCGGGGUUUUCAGUUUUUAUUCAUUAGCUGUCUACAUUCUACAUGGCCAAAUUAAGAUGUAUAAUUUACCGCGUGGAUAAAUUUGAGAGCUUUCUGUUAGGAUGAAGGUUUUAUUUGUAACACUCUUCUAAAAACAAACUCAUCUUCUUAAUAAAAGAAAGAUUGUAACGUGUGUUGGAGAUACUGUUAUAGAAGCACUUGCUGACCAAAUUUGAUAGCUACUGAUAGUUAGUCAGUCACCCAUCAGAGAUGUCAGAUGGUUGACAAAUUGCCUGUCAGUAGACACAUGGUCAUCAAGGGGACACUUUAACAGUGUUGACUUUACUCCUUAAGUGUCAAUGCUGAAUCAAUCUUCUUUAAAUUGAUUCAGUGAUUCCUGUUCCUUAUUACUCCAAUCUACUCUACUUGUAACUGUCUCCCUUUCCCUGUGUUCUUUACAGAUGUAGUACUUAAAAUUCUGUCAAGUCUUAGCUUACUGAACUUGGCAUGUAGUAAUGCUUCAAUGCAAUUUACAAUCAAAAUUAUAUCCCUGGUAAUUUGUAGAAUAGUGUGGAUUUUGGUGUACACAAUUUUAACAUGACAUGUAUCUUUUAUGUAUUACAAGUGUAUGUGGGCAUACCGACCAAACUGAUGGCUGAAAAUUGUUUGAGCAAAAGUUUGCCUUAUAUUGAAGCAAUAUCUAUGUAUACUACAGACAUUAAUUAAAAUUAACAUCCAUAGGAAAA